AUGAUCAACGCCAACAUUGAACUCACGCUCGAGAAGUCCGCCACCGAUGCCCUUCGCCAACUUCAGAAACUCGAGGUGCCGUCCGAUGCCAUCACCCCUCUCGACGCCAACAUGGCGAAAGCCGUGCACCCACCACAAAUCCAAACAAGCGCGUACGCAUUCGGCGACGAUUCAGCUCCAGCUAUUCAUCGGAUGAAUCGUCGGCCGACAAUUCCGUUUGUGUCGACGUCGCAUAUGCAAGUCCGGCGACACCUCGUUGGCAGCCGCUGGAUAGGGGUCGACGAUGGACAGGCGACUACUAAACCGUCGCACAAACCCGAGACCGGAAGGUGCUGGGCGCGGAGACAGGAAUUGAGGAUGCACGAUGCUUCUUCACGAUUUUUCUUGAAUACCUUCUUUCAUGCGCUUGGCUUGUAA